GAUUCCUGUCGUGGUUCAGGAAUGGUCUGCUGGCCACUGGGAUCGGAGUCAUCGCAUUCGUCCAGAGUGAAGUGGGGCGAGAAGCCGGAUACGCCUUCUUCAUCCUGGGAGGGGUGUGCGUGUCGUUUGGCGGCACCUCUUACCUCGGCAGCCUCUUUGCCCUGCGGAGGAUGAUGCUGCUGUCUGUGCCAGCGCUGCUGCUCCAGGGGGCUGCGGUGGGAAGCGUCGCCCUCUUUUGGCUCUGUGCGGUAUCUCUCUAUAUCGGCCGCCUGGAGGUGGAGAUCAUCCACGACGACGAGGGGGAGGUAGAGGAGGAGGACGAGUGCCGUGAGUGUCGUGAGAGACGGGAACUCCGGGGUUACAGAGGCUCCCACAGCAAUGAGGACAGUGACAGCAGGGGGCCGACUAAGUAGACGUCUUCCGGGGAUUGUGUGUGUGUGUGUGUGUGUGUGUGUGUGUGUGUGUGUGU